UUGCUCCUCCGGAACCUCCCUCGGUAGCUCUCCGCCGGAAGAAAAGAAACAAUAUCGCUGGUUUCGCUGCUGCGCUGAAAAACCCGUACUCCGCAUUUAGUACACGUACUUAUCCCGGCAAGCCGUACUGACUCCACGUGAACAGCUGGUAGAUUCAGGUCUAGCUCAUUUUGCAGUGUAGUUCGGCAACGACUUGAGGGUUUACAUUUUCAAUGUUCCGUACAGAACUAUGCAAAUUUUUGCCUUAUCGAAUCAUCGUUCACCUCUUUAAACACAUGCUACGAGGCUUUUCUUCCUUGUGUCUCAGUUAAGAGGAAUAAUAAAACCGAGAAGUGUGUAGUCAGAGGUUUGCUUUUACGCACUCUACAGCGGUUCCGUAACCGCCUUAUUGUUAAUAUAAAAGCAGGAUUAUUUUUAAUUUGAUAUUCUUAAGAAUUUAUUAAGACUUUUAUUUUAAAAAGUUCCUGUCGGCUUUCAUGUGGGGCAACAUGUCCGUAUCAAUGAGCAAUGGGCAGUUCUUCAAUGGUUCAUCCGAAUUCGAUGAUAGGUAUUAUUCAAAUACUGAAUUUCCUAAAAGUGGAGACAUAUAUCAGAGGAUAAAUGCUAUAUUAGAAAAUACUUUAGAUUUGACUAACACCAGUGAUUCAAUAAACAGAAGGACAAACCAAGAUUCAUCAGUAGUUGAUAUGUUGGGUCUUGGAGGUCGAUCUAAUUUUUCUGGUUCCAAUUCUAAUAUACUCGGUUUGCCAAGUUUAAAUAUUCCAAAUGGAAACACGUCUAACAGUAUUCCUUAUGGAACCAGUUCUAAUUUAAGUUACAACUCUAUGCAGAAUAAUCCUCUGAAGUCUUUCAGUUACGGUUGUUCUAAGCCUUAUGAUGUUAGUAACCCAUUGAGCAAGUUAUUAUCACAGAAUUGGUCAAGCAAUACUUCAACUGCAGGCAUGAGAGCAAUUCGAGCUGCAUCACCACAGUUGUCAUUUACUUCCGAUUCUUGUACAUCUUCUCUUGAACAAGCAUUACUAAUGGGAUGUGAAAAUUAUCGUGAAACUAGAAGCUCAUCUCCAACUGAAUCUGAUACCAGUGGAAUCAGUAGUGUAUCUGAACUGAGCAGCAUUUCUGAUCUGAUGAACAAUUUGAAUUUGGGAACAACUGUUGGUACGGGAUCAGGAGUCACUUCUGCAUCACCUUUAAAUGGUAACCUUACAUGUCGAAAUGAUGUAGAUAUGCCAGUUGUUUCUUCACCUUUUUUCCUAGAUCGAAGGUGGGCCGUAAAUUCAGUUUUAAAUGCCAAUUAUGGAGAUUUGGAUUCUAUUGAAAGAGCUGCACGGCUGUAUCGAAAUGCUGCUGCAUUUUGUGAAGCUAAUUGUACAUGGAGUGGUCAUUUACCUCCUCGUACUCAUAAGAACCCUACUUAUUCCUGUAAAGUGUUUUUGGGAGGUGUUCCUUGGGAUAUAACGGAAGCUGGCCUUGUUGAAGCAUUUGCUCCUUUUGGACCAAUUAAAAUUUUAUGGCCUGGAAAAGAUAGUCGUAGUGCCUCAUAUCCUCCUAAAGCCGGGUAUGUUUACAUAAUUUUUGAAGCUGAGAAACACGUCAAAGCUCUGCUUCAAGCUUGUACUCAUGAUUAUAGCAAUGGUGGAAAUUGGUACUUUAAAAUUUCAUCUAGGAGAAUGCGAUCGAAAGAGGUUCAGGUUAUACCAUGGGUCAUUAGUGAUAGCAAUUUUGUACACUGUCCUUCCCAGCGACUGGAUCCAAGUAAAACUGUUUUUGUUGGAGCAUUACAUGGGAUGUUAAAUGCAGAAGGUUUAGCUUUAGUAAUGAACGAUUUGUUUGGAGGAGUUGUUUAUGCUGGGAUUGAUACUGACAAGUACAAAUAUCCUAUUGGUUCUGGGCGAAUUACAUUUAAUAACCAUAAAAGUUACAUGAAAGCUGUUUCUGCAGCGUUUAUUGAAAUCAAAACUCCUAGGUUUACUAAAAAGGUGCAAGUGGAUCCUUAUUUAGAAGAUGCAAUUUGUUCUAGCUGUCAGAUUCAACAAGGGCCAAUAUUCUGCAGAGAUGCUGCUUGCUUUAGAUACUUCUGUCGCAGUUGCUGGCAAUGGCAGCACUCGGUGGAUACUUACCGGAAUCACAAACCUCUGAUGCGUAACAAGACAAACCGUUAAAUGUUCCUGAAUGACGAACUGAUAACUGCACAUGCAAUUAGCUUGGAAGCACCUGCCAGAUAUUUCUUUUUGCCCCUGUUUCAAUGUAUGUUCAUUGGAAUGUGUUUUUAUGUACUGGCAGGCCUUUUCAUUUGCUGUUAAACAGGAACUUUCAUUGUUGGUGUAACGUUCCAAAACUAAUGUUUGAUCGGACGACUUCAGAAGAAGUCUUUUAUGUUAAUAUUUCUGUUGUACAAAGUUCCUUCUAUGCAAGAAUUUUGUUAAAAAAACUGAAAAUGACGUGAUAUUUUAUGUUUAAACUGUGACGAGAAGUCACUUCAUAUAUUCUUACAGCUUUUUUAGUUUUUAUCAAGAAGAGCUUGUUUAAUGGGAUAGUUAUUUUGGGGGCUACCAAAGAUUAUAUUUAAUUGUUUUUUCUAUGGUACCAUGGCUGUGCGGGCUUUCAAUAUUACGCAUUGCUAGAAAUGUGUUGAUACAUUAGUAAGAAAACAAUAAUAGUAUUUAAUCUUUGGAUUUUAAAGUAACCUUAUCAAGCAGCCUUUUUGGACUUUAAAAAGCAUUUAUUGUAUGUAUGUAGCUUAUAAGAAUUUUAACUGUGAACACUUCUGAUCUGUGCUGUAUCUUCUCUGCACCCCAUACUUAUUGCUGAUGUUCACAUUGGCAUUGAAUUUUAUGCAUAAAACUUGUCUCAUUGCCUUUUCUACAUUAAAUGCUAGAUACUCGUUCAUGUUUUUUAACCUUACAUUGUUAUUUAAUCACAAAUGUUCUUAAUGGGCUACGUUGGAAACGUUUGCCACUUUGUUUAAUUUUCUUAGCUUUAUUUGAUUGUUUAUCAUUGUUUAGUUUAUAUGAAUUUUGGAAGUUUGUUUCAUGUGAUCUUAACUUUCAUCAGAAAGCAUUUUUGCUUUUUAUUUUUUAGUGAGGCAAAUACAUUUUUUUCACUGGGUAGUAAUGUUCUUAACUGCAAAGAAAUUUAAUAUUUAGCAUUAUCUUCCAUGUCCAUGUGCCUAACUACUUGCCAUAGUUGUCAAGGCUAGUCAUUUGAAGUUCCUUGUGUAUAGCUAGCCAGGAAACAAAAUGGCCUUUUCUAGAUUUUAUCAAUUGCCUUUAAAUCACUUGAUGUUUGUGUGGCAGCACCAUAGUCAUGUUGUGAUGAUUAUUGAAAUUCUUAACAAAGCUGGUGACUGUGGUUAUGUGCUCUGAAGUCUAAUUAACAUAUUAAAGAAUCUAAUUUUAAAUGUAGCAAUUUAAAUUUGAUUUUUCGAAAGCACAGCAGCUUCUGUGUGCAAUACGGGUACUGUGCAUUCCAUGACCCUCUUACUUUUGCUGAAAUUGUUUUAAUUGUAUAAUGAAAUACAAAUGUAUUUGGCUGUUUUGUUUUCCAAUAGAUUAAUAAAGCAUUAUAAAGUUGAUGGUUUA